CGGUGAUGACACGGACAUAAAGAAUCUGGAUGAAACCUUCAGGAAGAACCGGAAAUGCAACUUCCGCAGUUUGUUGUCUCCAGAAAAGGGGAAGAUGCUCCAACUUCUCUCCGAUCGAGAAAAACUGUUACAGGAAUUUGGCUGUUCAGACGUUCCAUCAGUGUUUGUGCUUUACAUUCUUUCUCACGGCGACAGAGAUGGAGUAAUCUUGACAGACUACGUCAAGGACGAUGUUCGCAAGAUAGUGGAUGAGCGGCGUGACGGCCAACUAAACCUGAGCGAGUUAUUUGUUUCCUUCACAACAACAGACGUGUUCGAGUCUCUGAAAAAGCUGACUGGUUUCGACGAAUGUCUGAAAUUUAUAAACUUCGGAUCAUGUAGAGGGGAGCUGAAAGACACAAUUUUUCCCGCAAUUGAUGAUAAUUUCAAUAACGCAAACUCUUGUCGAAUCACCUACAGCCCUCUGACGAGAAACACGGUUGUGUUCUUCUCAACGGUCGAAACGACCUUGGCCAAUCGAGACCCGGCAACAGGAACAACUUUCAUCCACCUUACUUGCAAGGUUCUAAAUUCUCUUGAGAAGGACGAGAGUCUCAUAAAUGUCCUGACAUAUAUUCAAAAUGAAAUUCACAAAGAUUCGGUCAAAGGAACCGCUGGACAGACUCCAGAAUUCAAGAUGUUUUCCCAGGACAGAAGUUUUGUCAUCUCAAAGAGUCCUCGGGAUUCCUCGAAAUCUGACGCAAUGAGCAUCAAACGCGAGUUUUACUCUUGGAAAUCAAGCACAGGGGAAAAUAUGCGACGCCGCCUUGCGCUUCUCUUUUCCGCUGUCACAGAGGGAAACAAGCAGUUGAAUGAAGUGCAAACCGCGCUGUCCCAAAACCUAGAUUUCGAGACCAGCAAACUGAAGCUGAGUGGAACGCCGUGGACGUCCAUUAAUAAAGCCUCGUGGCGAGACUUCGACAUUGGCUGCAUUUUUCUGAUUUUUUUUGGCCUUGUGACUGAAAACGAGGACACAAAUGAGGUUUGCGUGCAGGUGGACGGUCAAGAAACUGCAGUAGUAUCUCAAAUACUGCUUGAAUUUAUCGGGCCAAAAAACGACCAGUGGAUUGGAAAACCAAAAUUAUUAUUCUUUGUGAACCAGGAAACGACUUCUUCUGCUGACGCGUCCGGAUUUAUACAGCCUUACAUGAGAAUAUCCGCAACAAACCACAGUGGAUGGUUAGUCCUAGUUUUGCACAACAAGGAUGAUCUUCAAAAGCUGAUCGAAAUCUUCAAUGGGCAAAAGGUGAAAACGGAGAAGAGUCUGCAAGAAAUUCUCGCAAGUCUGCUCAUUUCCGAAUCAAAGGAAAAUCGGGAUUUUCUUAACUCGACGCUCCAGUAUCCUCUCAAUUUUCCUGACUGGCCCAGUUCUUUUGUUCAACUUAGCUUUUCAGUGACAAAUUCUCAAAAAAAUAAAGAAUAUCACGUCAGCUUCGACAGCUUGGUGAAGAAAUCAGCAAAAGAAAAACAAAUUUGGCUCUUGAGUUCAGUCGCAGGAACAGGAAAGACGACAAUCCUCAGGGAGAUGGCUUUUCAACUCGGGAAACUAAAUCCACAAUUCAAAAUUUUACGCAUUUCACUCCCGAGAGUUCCGUUCAGUUCUCUAGACAGGAAUGUGACUGAGAUUGAAUUUCUCGUGAAAGCCACUAAGAAUUCGAAAGAGGAAAUCAUAAAAAGCAUAGAAAAAAAGCAAUGUGUUGUGAUUCUUGAUGGGUUCGAUGAAAUUACCCGUCCUGAUAACCAAGAAAAAACAUUGAGAGUUAUCGAAGCUCUAGAAGAGGAGCUGAUAUCCGUAUGGAUCGGAACGAGACCUAACGCAGCAGAAGCUAUCCAAAAGCAAACAUCAAAAGCUGUAUUAGUAGAGAUUGAACCCUUGAAUGAAGAGCAGCAAAUGGAGUUGUUUCAGCUGGAGACGGGCAAGAGUCGAGACGAUUGGGAAGAUUUCUUAAAAAAAAUGACAUCAAAGGACAUCUUGAGAAAUCCUUUGCACCUUUCUUUGGUUGCCAAGUACGGGGCCGAAGGAAACUUGUACCAAAUCUACGACAAGGUCGUGCAACACAAAGUGAAAGACACUCUGAUCAGGAAAGCAGUUGACAAGAACAAUGAAGCCGAUUUUGGAGAAAUAUUAGCCUUUGCUAUAUUAGAUCUUCAAAAGUUGGCAAGCAACCACAUCAGAGGAGUUGAACUUCCUGAUUACGCGAAAGACGGCCUAGAAAAAAACAAUUACUAUGGCAUUGCCUCGUUUCAAAACAACCAUGUUAUUUUCAUUCAUCAGACUUUCGCCGAAUUUCUCGCAGCCCAACAUUUCCUACGUGAAAUCGAGAAUAGUGGCGAUUGGGACAUCCAAAGCAGCACUGAAAAUAUUGCAGAUUUAUUUUUAGGGGAGUCGUUUUCGUGGUGCAGAAAGUUUGUCAAUCUGUUCUAUUCCACAGUUUUGAAUGACGUGGAAAAAAUCGAAAAGCGCAGAGCAUCAAUUCUAAGAGUCAUGAAGUUGAAACCAGAUAUUUUUUUGGGUUUGAUUGCUUCCGAUGGCUGCAUAAAUAUUUUCAAAAUGGUUUACCCAAUUAUCACCUUCAGUGAAAACCAAGAGGGAAACCGUAUUACUGUUGCAAGGGAUAGGACUCUUUUGGUCAAAGCAAUCAAAGGUGCGGAAGAAAUUGCAAUCAUGCUGCUCGACACGGACUUGAUCCAAAGUGAUGAUGAGUUGCUUAUAAUUUUACUUCACCUGUUGAAGUCAGUAGCCAAGUCGAACGCUUGUCUGUUCUUUGAGAAGCUAAAAACAAAAUUUCCUACAUUGCCAGAGAUGAUCCACUCUAGAAAAUCUAUAAUAGAAGCUGGAGCGGUUGCAGCAAAAAAGAAUAACGGCGAAAUUCUUCAUCUGCUGCUGCAAAAUGGUGUCGACAAAGAUUUUCAAGGUGAUGAAGGUAGCACCCUAUAUUUGGCUAUUCACAAUGGAGCUAUAAAAUGCGUAGAAGUUUUGCUUAAGCAUGGCGCAAAAUUAGCCAUAGAUGAAGAUGGUGAAAGUUGGGAUCCUUUGAUGAUGGCUGUAGAAGAAAAUGAUCUAGACCUGGUCAAAUUCUUUUUAGAGGAAAACAUCAGUGGACUGCAAUGCAACAAAGAAACUUUCGAAAUCAAUAAAGUAAAAUCUCAUUUGGGUGCUUUACAUUCUGCUAUUAAAGAAGGGCACAAGGAAAUCGCGAAACUUAUAAUAGAAAAGUGCCCAAACUUGAAAAACGCGGAAUAUGGUGAUGAUGAAAGUCUUCUACGAUUUUCAGCUAAAAGUAAAUGUUUGGAAAUAUGUCAAAUGCUUAUUGACGAAGAAGGGGUUGACGUGAACACCUUACGACCAAUUGGAGAUCCAAGAGAUUGGUCCCGGAAGGACAAAUUAUGCAUGGACCAUUUCUUAAUUCUGCAGAAAAGUGACAUUAACAUGACAGACGAAAGAGGAAAAACUGCUCUUCACUGCGCUGCGGAACAUGGAUAUCUUGAACGUGUCCAAGAGUUGAUCCAUUCUGGUGCUAAUAUUCGAGCUGUAGACGAAAAUGGAUGGAAUGCUUUUCAUUUUGCUUGCAGCAAUUGGCGUUACCUUAAAGAAGACGUGAUUCGAUUGUUGCACAGCACUGAUAGUCAGCUGGCCAAGGAGAAAACUGGAAGUGGUCAAACAGGGCUGCAUAUUCUUCUUCCGAAAUCCAGCUAUUGGUUUUUUGAGGAAGCGCGUUUACUGGUCGAAGAGAUUGGAGUUGACGUAAAAGCAAAGGACAACAAUGGCUGCACUGCGUUGCGUAUUGCAGUUAAAAAAGGACUGAGAUUUGUUGACUAUUUGAUGACAAAAGAUAUCGACCUGGAAGUAAAAAACUAUUGUGGGCGAACGUGCCUUCAUGCAGCCGCUGAAAGGGGUGAUUUAGAGGCUCUGCAAACUUGGAUAGAACUGGGUGGAGACUUCAAUGUGGUUGACGAAAAAGGGAUGACUGCGUUGCAUAUUGCUGCUGAAAGCGGACAUUUGCAAUUUGUGAAAAAGAUUUUAGACUGCACGACCGAGGAAGUCCAAAAUCAAGAUAUUGGCGAGGGUUGUGUUGGAUCUAAACUGAAGGAGAUAUUAAACAGAUGGGACAGUAAAGGAAGGACAGCACUGCACCUUGCUGCAAAAAGAGGAAAUGUUGAUUUGGUAAAGUUGUUGCUUGAAAACAAUGCAGAUUUAACUCUAACGGACCUGGAAGGAAAGAAUGCAAUCCACUACGCUAUCAAAAACGAAGAAAUGUUACGAUUCCUCAAUGAGAAGAACGGAGAUCUUUUGAAGCAGCGUACAAAAGAUGGAGACACAACUCCACAUCUGGCAUUGAGUUGGUAUGGUGCUGUAACAGAAGAGAUCGCUCUGUGGAUUAUAGAACAAGUAGACGACACCGUUUUAAACGCGAAAAAUUCUUCUGGCCAUACACCACUCUUACUGGCUUGCGAAGAAGGGUGUUGGAGAGUCACCGAAUUGCUGCUGAGCAGAAAUGUUGAGGUCAAUGCCUCGGACAUACUGGGAAAAACUGCAAUGCACUACACCGCAGAAAAAGGAAACUUGGAUUUCAUGAGGCUUUUGCUUCAGAAAGGUGCGGAUUUGACUUUAACAGACAAGGAGGGAAUGAGCGCAUUGCACCACGCCGCAAAAAAAGGAAACUUGUGUGUAGUGAAGCUUUUGCACGAGAAAGGUGCGGAUUUGACUCUAAGAGACAACGAGGGAAAGAAUGCCUUGCACCACGGAAUAAAUCACUUGGAGGUAUUUUCAUUUCUUCACGAGAAAAACAAUGAGUUGUUGGGACAGCGUCUUAAAGACGGAGACACAACCCUCCAUUUGGUAUUAAAAACGUGGGACAUUGACACUGACAAAAUUCUUUGGCUCGUUGAGCAAUGUGAAAAUGACUUGAAUGUAACAAACAGCGAGGGUGAGACACCGCUAAUGCUGGCUUGCAAGGAGGGAGAAUGGAUUGUUGCUAAAAUUUUGCUGAAAAAAACCGUUGAUACAAACGCAAGAGAUAAAAAUGGAAGAACGGCCCUGCACUACGCCGUUCAAUUGGAUGAAGACUGUGGGAUAAGAUAUUCAAAUGCUUUUGAUUUAAUGCUAGAGUUGCUCAAAAGAGGCGCAGAUUUGGCUCAGACAGACAACGAAGGGAAGAACGCAUUUCACCAUGCGAUAAAAAACUUUCACAUGGCUCUAUUCAUUCACAAAUUAAAUGGUAAUUUGGUUAAUCAGCGUUUGAAAAAUGGAGAUACCUCUCUACAUCUGGCAAUCAAAUUAGACAGAUACUCGAAAGAAGACGUUCUUAUUUGGCUUGUGGAGCAAUGCGAAAAUGACUUGAAUGUAACAGACAGCGAGGGACGUACACCGCUUCUGCUGGCUUUCAAGAAGAGAAAGUUGAUUAUUGCUAAAAUUUUGCUCGCAAAAACCGUUGAUAUAAACGCGAGAGAUAAAAAUGGAAGAACGGCCCUGCACUACGCCGUUAAAUUGUAUUCAUUUAAAAGGCUAGAAGAUUCACCUUGUUUGGUGCAAGAGUUGUGCAAAAGAGGCGCAGAUUUGGCUCUGACAGACAACGACGGGAUGAACGCAUUUCACCAUGCAAUAACAAACUCUACCAUGGCGUUAUUCAUUCAUGAAUUGAAUGGUGAUUUGGUUAAACAGCGUUUGAACAAUGGAGAUACCACUCUGCAUCUGGCAAUCAAAUUAGACGACGACGACAGGGAUGAUGAGUUUCUUGUUUGGCUUGUGGAGCAAGGUGACGUUGAUUUGAACGCAAGAAAUGCUUUGAACGAAACCCCGCUGAUUCUUGCUUGCAAGAAAAAGCUCUGGAAUAGGAAUUUCUUCGAAAAACUUUUGUCUAAAAUUGUGGAUGUUACCAUACGAGACAGUGAAGGGAAAUGUGCUCGUGACUACAUUGACGAAUCUUUUCCAACUCAUUUACUUAAAAGGUUUGAUGAACUCGAAGGAGCGGCACCUGGCUAAAAAUGCGAUUGAUUUAAAUUAGAGUUUUCUUUCUCAGAAUUCUGACCUGUUUGCUUUUUGUUGCUUCAAUUUUAAUUUAAGUUUGCAAGUUCCAGAUGAGCUAAUAUCGUUGUUUUCAUGGUGUUUUCUGAAAUGGUGGCUUAUUUUUAAAAUAUCACUUAAUUUUAAUGAUUGUACAUUUUACAUACCAACAUUUUAACUAGACAAGAAUAUAAGAGUUUUGGAGAUCCUUGUAUUUUAUUUAGACAUUAUUAUUUUUUAUUUUAUUUUUUUUUUGGUAAAAUAGGUAUUAAAUAUGCAUAGUAUCGGUUUUUAUGUAAAUGUUGCUUACAAAAUUUUAGUUUCUGUACUUUACUGGCGGUAAGGAAUAUAAUGAAAGCGUUAUUCAAUAAAAUUUAAAACACUUUUUGAAUGA